AUGGGCUUCCCAGCGAGGUUAAGGCGACUAGCUCAGUCUUCUGGCAGUUCACCUGAUUCUUCGAACGUGACUAGCCAUGAUGAACCCAGCCAGAUGUCUAAGUCGGCAACUGUGACGGAAGAGCCGAGCUUUGUGACACCAGACAUCGACGACACGGAAAAUAUUAUGAAAGUCAGCGAAACUACAGCAAUCGAACAAGAGACCGAAGAAGAUCCGGAGAUAGCUGGCCUGCCCCGUGAGGUCCGUCAAUUGGUAAACCUGACUGACGAUCCCACCUUGCCGACAAUCACGUUCCGAUACUUUAUUCUAGCCGUGGUCUUCGUCGUGCCGGGAGCUUUUCUCUCUCAAAUGAGCCAGUUCCGUACCACGCAAGCUCCCUACUCCAAUUUCUUUGUGCAGGUUGCCUGCCAUUAUGCGGGACACUUUCUGGCCCGAGUGCUCCCACCAUGGAUCAUUCGGGUGCCCUUCACACCCUGGUCGUUCAGUCUGAACCCCGGCCCAUGGAGCCCUAAAGAGCACGUUCUCGUCACAGUGACUGCGGCAUCAGGCGCCAUUUACAACCAAGGAUAUACACCUAUCGCACUAGCGGAGUUAUUUUACGGCGAGAGAUUGAAUCCGGCAGUGGCUAUCUUUUUCAUGUUCGCCAUCGUUUGGGUUGGGUAUGCGUUUGCUGCUAUUGCGCGCCAGGUCCUCCUUUAUGACCCGUCGUACAUCUGGCCCCAAGCCUUGAUGCAGACAACGUUGUUCGAGACAUUCCGCAAACAAGACACCUCGUCACCCCUCGCACGACGGCAGCUGAAGCUCUUCUUUCUGUCUUUUCUGGGUAUGACACUCUGGCAAUUUCUCCCCGAAUACGUCUUUCCGUUUACCUCGUCCCUCGCCUUCCUGUGUUGGGUGGCGCCCCAUAACCCCGUCGCCAACUUUAUCGGGUCUGGGCUCGGUGGUAUGGGCUUCCUCAAUCUGUCCCUAGACUGGUCGAACAUCAACUGGAAUGGGUCGUCUAUUCUCCUUACUCCCUGGUGGACACAGGUCGUGCUUUUCCUCGCGUUCGCCUUCAAUUGCUGGGUGCUUCUCCCCGCCGCUAAAUGGGGCAAUCUGGGCUCCUACAAACACGGCCUGAUGUCCAACAGUCUCCUUAUGGCCAACGGUACCACGUAUCCCGUGCUAGAAGUUCUCACCCCGGACUUCCGCCUCAAUCAAACCGCGUUCGAAGAGUAUGGUCCCAUGUAUAUGGGUCUUCAGUACGCAUGGUCCACCUUCUUUGACUACGGCAAGAUCACCGCCGCAAUCACCUGGAUCGCCACCUUCGGUUUCCUCCAGAUAUCCUCGAACUUCACCAAGUUCGUUGCCUCCUUCAGUCGCUCAUCCGACGGUUCCAAACCCCAAUCUAUAAACCACCAAUACCACGACCGCUUGAAUGUCUUGCAGCGCUCGUACAAAGAAGUGCCAAUCUGGUGGUACGUGGUAUUGUUUUUCGCCGCGUUCCUGAUCCUCAUCGUCACCCUCGCACUUGGGUACCUCUGGAUCCCCAUCUGGACGCUUUUCGUCGGCCUCCUCAUCUCCGCUAUCUUCGUCAUUCCGUUCGGUUGGCUCUAUGCGAUCUCCAACUACCAACUCUCUAUAGGAACUUUCAACGAGAUGAUGUACGGAUACAUGGUGCACACGCCCGCCGGCGAAAAGCAUCGACAUCCCUGCGGCCCAUCUACCUACGGCGCCAUCGCCGGCGACGCAUGGUACCGCGCACAAACCAUGCUCCAAGACCAGAAGAUCGGACACUACAUGCACGUUCCACCGCGGACGGUCUUCUUCUCACAAGUCUUCGGCACCAUCCUCGGCAUCCCCAUCAACUACGGCGUCAUGCGAUGGGUCCUGAACACGAAAUCCGACUACCUCACCGGCAAGAAGCCAGACCCGCUACACCAGUGGACCGGACAAACCCUCCAAAACUACAAGACCAUGGGCGUGCAGUAUGCCGUGAUCGGACCCAAGAAGAUGUUUGCGCAAGGUCAGCUCCAUGUCCUGCCGUACGCGUUCCUCGUGGGCGCUGUCCUCCCGCCAAUUCUGUACGUUGCGCAUCGGCUCCUCCCCAAAUGGCGCAUCGAUCUCUGGAACGUGAGUAUCUUUUUCUCCGGCAUGGCGGUGUUCUACGGAAAUGUCAGCACCGGGUACACGUCUGCGAUCAUUGGCGGGUACGUGGUAAUGUACUGGGCGUAUCGGAAGCGGUUCGAGGUGUGGAAGCGAUAUAGCUAUAUGAUUGCCGCGGCGUUCGACGCUGGGUUCAACCUGAAUAUGUUGUUGAUUUUCUUGUUCUUUGGGUCCGGGAAGCAGAUCUCGAUGCCGAAUUGGUGGGGGAAUAAUGGGGUUUCGGUGGAGCGGUGUUUUGCGCUGGAUUGA